AGUAAGUGGAAGCGCUCAUUAAUUUGAAUCUAAAGGAUGCGAGGAGAGGACAGCGAGCGCAGCAGCCAGCCAGCGCAGGGCGGAGAGCGGAGAGAGGCUGAUGGGAGAAGAUAGAGAUGGAUUGAGAGAGGAGGAGGAGAAGGUGAGGGGGUCGGGCAGUUGAGAGGCAUCAUCACCGCUCAACUGUGCAUCUGCUGAUCCACAACAACCCAGUGGUUCGUCUUUCUACGGCUGCCACGGAAGAAGAAACAGCAAGAAUCAAAGAGAGAGAGAUCGAGAGAGAGAGAGAGAGAGAGAGAGAGGGCUGCUCCGUUCUGCUUCUCUGCUGCCGACCGCCAAAUGAAGAGUGUGUGAGAGCACUCCAGCUGAGCGACACCACACACACACACACACCACGCUGGAGAUGAACACACUCAGUUUGAGAAGAGCCGGCGCCGCCACUUUCAGCAGCUGCCAUUAGUUAGGAUUUAUCGUCUGCUUCAUGUGGACCAGAAGCCGGAUUGGAAGCAGCUGUUUUACAGAGACAUAUCAGCAAGAAGCAUCUGUGGAGUGUUUGCAACCACGUGGAGAGUGAACAUUUGAAUAGAGGAACCCGCUCCGGAUCUGAUUUUACGGUUCCUCGCCUCUCGUUCGGGAUGUUGACACCAGGAGCCCCGGGUGCAGGGAGUCCGGAUGACGAUUAGUCCCCGAGGAGGAGCCAGGGAGGGAUGAGGUGGAGGGCGGGAGGGCAAAGAUGGGCUGCCCCUGCCCUGUGGCACCUGCGGCUGCCUCCACCACUGCCUCCCCGUGAGGAUGCAGGUCCUACAGAUCGUCAAGGAGCUGGUGUCCCCUUCCAGACGCAGGGCAGCAGUCAGAUUUGGAGCGUCUGAUACCGACCAGGAUGCGGCGGUGAAACUUGACCGGGAGCGGGCUGACAUCGUCGCCAAAUAUGACAAGGGAAAGGAGGCCAAGGUGGAGCCGUGGGAGGACACCAACUUCCACCUGUACAAAGAAAUCGACCGAUUCGGCUUCGUCCAUAAAGAUGAACUUCCAUCCUACGACUCUGUGGCGGAGAAGCAAAAACACAUGGAGGUGGAGAGAAUCGGCAAAUGGCUGAAGAUGAUGAAGAGCUGGGACAAGUACAAGAACAGUGAGAAGCUGGUCAGGAGAGUCUACAAGGGAAUUCCCCUGCAGCUCCGGGGGGAGGUGUGGUGUCUGCUGCUCGAUAUCCCCAAAAUAAAGGAGGAGAAGAAAGACUUCUACGAGAAAUUAAAAGCCCGAGCCAGAGGCGUGUCCCCUGACAUCCGGCAGAUUGACCUGGACGUGAACCGGACGUACAGGGACCACAUCAUGUUCAUGACCCGCUACGAUGUCAAGCAGCAGGCUCUGUUCCACGUCCUCACGGCCUACUCCAUGUACAACACGGAGGUGGGUUACUGCCAAGGCAUGAGUCAGAUCACAGCUCUGCUACUGAUCUACAUGAACGAAGAAGACGCCUUCUGGGCUCUGGUCAAACUGCUGUCGGGACAGAAGCACUCCAUGCACGGGUUUUUCGUCCCUGGUUUCCCGAAGUUGAUGCGUUUCCAGGAACAUCACGAUCGCACACUCAAGAAGAUGAUGCCCAAACUGAAACAACACCUGGACACCCAGGAAGUGUUCACCAGUCUCUACACCAUGAAGUGGUUCUUCCAGUGUUUCCUGGACAGAACUCCGUUCACCCUCACGCUCAGGAUCUGGGACAUCUACAUCAUGGAGGGGGAACGGGUGCUGUCGGCCAUGUCCUACACGCUCCUCAAACUGCACAAGAAGCACCUGAUGAAGCUGUCCAUGGAGGAGCUGGUGGAGUUCCUGCAGGUGACUUUGUCCAAAAACUUCUACUACGAGGACGACUUUGUGAUCGAGCAGAUGCAGGCGUCCAUGACGGAGCUGAGGAGGGCGAAGCUGGACGUGCCACCGCCAGGUAAAGACGACGAGUUUCCCAAGAAGCCGUUGGGGCAGCUUCCUCCGGAGCGGGCAGCGGCGGCGGUGGUUGGGAACCACGUGGCCAACGGUCAGAGCCACGUCGAGCCAGCCGACCCCCCCAGGGAUCCGAGUCCUGUGCCGGAGCGCCAGCAGGAGAGUCGGCCUCCCAGCCGCGCUCGCCGGGACUCGCUGGACAAACCGCUACGUCAACACAAGGCCGACCGGAGGGACGCUCGAUCCAGAGGGUCGGGGGAGAUCACCACGCCGGAGAGAGGGGUGACACCGCCCUCGGCGCUCAGCCCGACGCCGCAGAUCACCACAGUGGACAGAGGGAAGCCUCAGAGCCACGCCUCCGCCAACCACAACUCCAACGCUGCCUCCAGCUCUCACAAAGAGAUCACUCCCCGCUGGUUCAAGCCCUCCGACACGCGGCUGGAAGCCGUCAAGGCGGCGGCGUCCCGGGACACCAACCUGAGCAGGGGGGCAUCGCCGGCCCCCUCCAGCCCGGACGACACUGCACCCCCCCAUCGCCGACCGCGUCCCAAGGGCUUCGUCCCUGGCACCGACCGGGGCUCCAACGCCUCCCAGUACGACAACGUGCCCGGGCUGCUGGAGCAGGACUUUGAGAUCCUGGAGCUGGAGAGACCUCCGUCCAGAAUGAGGACCCCCCACGGUGAGACCCCCUACAGCGCGUCAUCCCAGUAUCAGGGCAGCCCCAGCCAUGGUCCCAGUCAUGGUCCCAGCCAUGGACCCAGCCAUGGACCCAGUCAUGGACCCAGCCAUGGACCCAGUCAUGGACCCAGCCAUGGACCCAGCCUGACGGGGAGCCCCGUCUCCAUCGCCUCCGGGCCGAGGACGGCCAAGCUUCCUCCGUCGUUCUCCCACAGCAGUCCCCCGGGGGGGCAGUCCAUCCAGCCUGGCAGCCAGAACCAGUUCCACACUCCAUCUCCCAGCAGAACCACCACGGAGGUUCCCAUCUACCACCAAGGAUACGGCAUGAACCUGGAGCACAGAGCGGAGGACAGACUGUACGCCCCCCCCUCCAGGCUCCCCCCACACUCCAACAUGGCGUACAGCGAACAAGUGUACGCCGCCACCACCCAGCGGCAGCCCAGUAGACUCUCCCCGGAGAAGGCCCUCAUGAACAACUCCUUCGCCACGUACCGCCGGCAGCCGCCACCCGGCGCCGCCCUCGUACCACGAGGCACCAGACCCCCCCUGCAGCUGGAGACCCAGGGCCGCUCCACCCCCAUCUACCUGCAGCAGCUCACCUCCACCGCACAGGUGCACGCUCUGGGGGACGGCAGGUUCGAGGGACCGCCGAGGGGGAGGGCGAGCCCGCAGUACCCGCCAGAGGGGGGGGCUCAGCGGGCGGUAGACAUGCUCCGGUGGGCGCAGGAGGACGCGCUGCCCCCUCCGUCCCCGGGUGGAGUCCCCCGCUCGCCCAGCUUCCAGCAGGCCCAGAUGUCCCCCCACAAGGAGUUCACAUUUCCCGCCAACCCCGACAGCCUGCUGCAGUACAGGACACAGCUCCAGCAGCAGCAGCAGCAGCUCCCCCAGCUGUUCGGAGGACCACACUACAGGCACGCACAGGAGGCGUUCGCCAUGCAGGAGUCGAUGCUGCUGUAACCCGGCGAGGACGGACGGAGACACUGGAGACGAUUAUGAACUGAGGUGUAGUCACUGACACUGUGGUAUCGAGCGUUGUAAGGAGCCUGUUGUUGUCUCCGCCCUGUUGUUGUUCGUGUGUGAAGUUGUGUCCUCGUCCCUGUCCCCUCUGGACCUUUUUACUGCUCGCGCCGAGAAGAGACAAACUGACUGAAGAUGUUAUUUUAUUUUUGGAUGUAAAUCAUUAAGCAGAGGUGACGUCUAUAUCUUUUAGAAUCUGACAUGUACAGUGGAUCUUUUGCUUUUUUGUUAAUAUGCCGAGUUGUUAAAAAAAGUAGCAGGGGGACGUUCUCCUGACAGAGCAAAAAAAAAAAACGCUGAUUUAUUUUCCGAUGUUUUAUUUUUUAUAUGUUACUUACAGAUAUUUUCAGUAGAGAACAAUUUACUCGAUAUGCUCGUGAAUGUUAUUUUUCAAACAGAAGAAUUUAAAAGAAUAAAAAAAAAUGAAGCCCAUGCUACAGUAGAGAAGCCGAUCACUGUAAAGGUUUGAUUCCCAUUUCCACUCCGAUGCGUCUCCGCUGUAGAAACAGUUUGUUGUUUAUGUUCUAGUUUGGUUUUGUCGCCCGAUGAACUUGUGUGCGUUUCUCUUUUACACGUGAAGUACAGUACGUCGGGUAUUUAUAUUUGAGGCCAGUGUCGUUCUGAAUAAAUCUCCCACCCUGAUUAGAAAAACUCAAGGAAAAGAGAACUGGUUUUGCGAGGGACCAGUCACGUCUGUAUGGUUUUGACUUUACAACAUCUCUCUGUGUGUGUGUGUUUGUUUUUUUUAAUCGCUGUACUGUAGCUACACACGUCCUGAGCUCACGCACCAGGAGACCGAUGUGAAAUAGUUUCAGCACAAUUUGAUUUACUUCAUUAUGUCUCAUUAUCCUCAACACUGUCACAUCAACUACUGCUCAGCUGCUGGCGAUACAGUCAUCUGGCACACACACACACACACGCACGCACACACACACACACACACUACACGUCACAUGUUAACAUUUAAUCCGCCACAUUCCCAGUUAUUCAGGCAGUUGCUCUCACACAGCGUCGUUCCACUGCUCAGUACAUUCCCUAAGUUCUCUUUGUUUUUCUGCUCAGCGACUAACUGCAGAUCAUUCUGAUACUUUGCUUAAUAAAAUGAGGUGGGUGGAAAAUGAG